AUGUUGGGCCUAUGGGCCCUUUGUCUGACGGGCCUAGUGGCGAAGGCCCAGCAAUUGAUCGGUGAAGCUCCAGAGACAGUGCAGGAACCCUCAUACAUGUCGCUGAGGGCUGCCUCCAGAGAUCCGGAAUUCGUUCGCAGCGUCAUGCAGCUGGAGGAGUCCAUGCCAGCUGGAUAUUCAAUCGACCCCCGCAUAGCAAUGACAGCAGACAGUACAUCAAUCGAAGAGCUUGGGGAAGAUCCUAUCACGACGAAAUUGGAACAGCAAGAGGCAGAAAAGGAGUCCAGGACUCGUAGAGACGAAGCCGAUGGUAACAGUGCUGAAGGUUUUGGAUUCGAUAACAAUGCAAAGGCCAAGCUGGAGGAGGAAAUGGCCAGCGCGGAGAGAGCCGUUGCGAAGUACGAUAAGAUGUUUGGGCGAGACUCCAAGAACAAAUUCAGUACCGUGGCCGGUGACGACUCGUACGGGAACAGCUUCGGCGGGGGAGCGGACAACGAUGACAACUACGAUGACCGAAGCGGGAGAGGUGGCGGCGGAAGAGGACAUUACGCGCGGACAUCAGGGGACACCGGUUACAGGGGGAAGAGUCCUGGAGCUUACGACAGGCAAUAUGACGGUAAUCGUUACAACGCCGAUUCCGGCGGCGAAUUCGGCGGAGGGGACGACGGCGGUGGCGGCGCGGAACGCAGCUAUGAACCCCGAACGAGCUACGGGAACAAUGAUGGCGGAGACGCAUACCGUACGAAUUCCGGUGAUAAUUACGCCGAUGACGGGAAGAGUGAUUACAGCGCGGAGCGAGCACGCGCUUUCAACCAGGCCACUGACGACGACCACGGCAAGGACAGAGACUACGGGAACGAGAAUCGAAACGUCGGCGGCUACGAGGGCAACAACGACUUUUCCGAGCGAGGGGGUGAUUACAAGCCGGUCAGUCGCGAGGGGUCGACGUCCAGGACAAUCAAUUUCCACGAGAAGCCCAAACCGAAGCUGAAACCGUAUCGUGAAAUACUCGAGGAGCAGGACCGUCUGAAGGAACAGGGGGGCGGACCGCCAUUCGAAGCGAAUGAGGACGGCUACGACGGGAAAACCGAGGGUUUCGACGGGAGGUACAAGGCCGAAGGCUUCGACGACGACCAGGCGCCGCAGGGGGCUAAUGGAGAACGGGAUCGGGAGGGCGGCGGCGGCGACUACGGGAGCGACGACGAGGGAGUGAACGCGGCUUCGCAAACGCCCCGGGACAACAAUGAAAAGUACGCUGAGCUCGAUGGACCCGAUUACGAAUCUCAGCGCGGGACAGACUACUACGACAGGAAGAGGGCCAGCGACGAUUCAGGCGAGGCUUCGGACAAGGUGAGGAUCGUUCUUCCGGCACCCCUGAUUUCCCCGAUAGUGAUGGCCUCAGCGAUGGGAAAUCGGCCCCCGAAGCCCAUCCAUGUGAGGCGGAAGAGGGCGGCUCUGAGCGAAAACCCCGAGGUCCUUCGCGAACAGCCCACUGGCGAUGCUUCUUCGAUGGAAUACAGCAACACGGACUUCGAUCCAGGCGAUGGUAACGGAGACGACCUUAGAGACAUUCCGUCAAGUUUUGACGGGAUCGUCGCCGGAGGUGGUUUCAUCGACGACAUAGCGCCGCACGGAGAGGUGAACUCAACGACCUCCAGUUCGGAUCGAGUGAUCAACUAUUCUGCGGAGGAAGGAGCCAUUCCCUCGAAACGCUCUGAUCUCGAGGAGGAUUACUUGGCGAAAACCGGUCGAGAAUUGGGUCCCGCCCCACCGGGCAUGGACCCCGCCGACGAAAGAUUCACUAUCGGGAAUUUCAAGCCCGUAUUCCCUGUCGACGAUCCAGAGGAGACCGCGAGCCGCGGUGACGGCGAUGGCAACAGCGUGGGUCCAGCGUCAUCGGAUGGGUAUCCGGACAGAGAAGACGAUGAGGACGUAAAUCAUUUCCAUUCAGAAGCUCUGCGACCCGCUUCCGCGGCUUACACCUCCGCUGGACCCAAUCUGGAGGUUCCUUAUGGCUUAGAUGCUCCAACUCCCGUUUCGAUGACGGCUAGCGGUCAGGGAGCGAGAUAUCCGUCGAUGGCUUUCCAGGGCAGAUCGGAAUUCAGUCUCAGCCCGCUGACGUCGACGCCAACUUCACCGUCCACGCCUCCGCCAUUGCCGGCCUUCGCGGCUCUCACCGACGACUCAUCGUCCCCGCGGCAGGUUGGCCCGAUUCCGUUCCCGGACGAGCCGCCGAAGGCACCGAUCGGAGAAACCAAUAAUGAAGGGGGGACUCGCUACAAGCUCGAGAGGACACGGAUCCUACAGAAGGAGGACAUCCAUCGCAGUUCUUACGCGCGGCCGUCCCAGACUAUACCUGUCUAUCGCAGCAUGAUAGCGCCCGUCAUCACGCAGUACCAGCAGUCAAGGAUAGGGGGAAAUCUUCGCAGACGAAGGAGGAGCGUAGGAAGCAAAAUAAUCAGCUUCGAAGUUGCAAGGAACAACGUCACCUACGACUCCGAUCGCAAUGAUCAUCAUAGUGAUAAUUCUUCGACUCCUGGACAUUCAAACUUUACCGCAGAUGUUUCCGACCAGAACGUCAGGGCCGAUGGGGAAAUGUACGUACUCAGGAAACGCCGAGGCAUACCGGACGAGGAAAAAUGCGGGCGGCAUGGGAGCUCCGAUGAGGACUGCGUCUACGGCGAAAGCCGAACGCAGCCGGCGGUUGUCAAAGCUGAAGCGCCCAAGGAUCUUCAAACCUCAUCCAGCAAACAAAUGAACGAUGGGGCCAAGAUGGCUCCUCUGGUGACGGCGGACACCAGCAACGAAGAGAUACUAUGGGGUUUGCAAUUGGCGAAAAACGAACCCAACGGUAGGCGGCGAUCGAAGGUCGUUGUGAUCAAUACCGCAGAAGAGGCCUUGAAACCCACUUGGCUUAUCUCCCCGACGCCUAAGCCCGCCCGUGGAAUUCUCGGCUGGUUGGGUUUCUCAAGGACACCCGCGAAGACCUUCGAGGAACAGAUCGCCGCGGACAUUUUAGGAAAACUCGACAACAAGGAACGUGUCAUCAUCGAGCACACGGACGAUGACACCAGUCAAAGCCAGGAGAGUAUCAGCCUGAAACGUGGGGAACCCCGGCAGAAGAGGCGUCGCCGACGCAGGAAACACCAUCGCAGACCGCACGCAUCGGAGGAGGACUCGCGAGAACGCUUCCGGCCCGCUUUCGAUAGGAGCCACGAAGAUUUCGAGCAAGAUCGUCCAGAAAGACCGCGACGGAAACCCCUCAAGCUGCUAGUGUUGCCGCAGAGCCAGGAAGAGCCCGAAGAACAGGCGAAUGAACGACUCGAGAUCAUACAGAAGUUCCCUCGAGCUCGACAAGUGUACAGAGAGUACAGGCCACGCGGCCGAAACGGCAAGGUCAAGGAGAAGAUCCUCGUGUACAGUAGCACCUUCGGGGAGCCCGUUGUGACUCUGCCGGAUGUGAAACACGAUCAGAAACGAGAGAUCCCCGAGGAACGAGGGUUCCGCAAGAGAUCCGACGGUCCAAAAAUAAAAAUUCUCUCGCUUCAAAGAGAACCGCCCCGCGCGUUGAUGCGGUUUCCGGAUAAUCACCGGGAUGACGAUCUCGUCAGGAAAGGUUUCGUGAUUGUCGGACGUAACGUUAUGAGUCCGGGAGCAGGGCGAGUUGUUCGCAAAAUGAGAACCAACGGCCGAACCUACACCCUCAUCCCGAAGCCGAAGGAUAUCGCCGAAAUUACCGUAUCAUCAACGAUCAAGGUCAAAGAACAGAAGUGA